GAUUUUUAUUUUUGUGCUCAUCGUCGGCUAAAUUGCAGUUAAAAAACGAGAAAAACCAUUUUUAAUUAGCGAAAUGUUGAUUGAUUGAUGCUUUUCGUUUUCGGUUUCGGUUUCUUCUACGUUUAUUUUUAUUAUUAUUAUUAUCUUAUUCUCAAGCAGUUGGAAGAAUUGAGAUUAGAUUAUCUUCUGUGUAGGAAGAAGGAAGACGGGAGGAAGAGGAAGAAGAAGAUUGAUUCUUCUGAUAAAUUUUCUAAAUUAUUAAACCACGAAAAAAAAAAAACCAUUAUGGUUUCAGACCCCAAGUCCACUCUUUCGAAGCUCAAACCCGAUGGCGGCUCCAGGUUAAAGCUUGAAUCCUCUGAUCAUAAGAAGAAGAUUGACAGCUCCAUCAAGAACUCAAUUCCCUCUUCCAAGCACAAAUCCGUCUCUCUUGUCACCAAAGCCGAGGUAAAGUCAAAGACAAUUUCGAGUUCUUCAAAGACGACAACAAAGACUACAACAACUACUACUGCUACUGCUAAAGUGAGAGAAAAGAAAGUCUUUAAUUUGCCUGGUCAGAAAUAUGAUCCACCUGAAGAGAGAGAACCGCUUCGGAUCUUCUACGAGUCCUUGUCAAAACAAAUACCAGCAAGUGAAAUGGCAGAGUUUUGGCCUACACGUCUAGAUCGUGCCUUCCAGUGGAUGAUGGAGCAUGGCAUGUUAUCUCCCGAAAAGGCUAAAAAGGCAUAUGAGAAGAAACUGAGAAGACAAAAGGAACAGAGAACCGGGACUCCGAUUAAAUCAGCAUCAGCAAAACCCUUGAGCAGACCAGAGAGUUCCCAGAGGCCACAACCGCCAUCCAAGAAUGGUGAUAUAAAAGCAAAGAAAAAAAUCGUGAACGAUAGCGACGACGAUGACGACUUCAUUUUAAGCCCCAAAAGAAGAAAAAUGUAGGAAAAAGCACGUUGAUAACCUUUUCUUUUCUUUUCUUUAUUAGCAUACUUUACAAGGAAUUACUUGAUUAAAUUUCCUUAGAGUUUAACUGCAAAACUACAGAGAUGAUCAUAACCCAACAGUAUUUACCAGGACAUUCUUUUAUGCUCAACAACCUGUGUAUGAACAAUAAUUUAAGGAGAGACAAGUUUAUGGUUCAAAUCCUUUUCAUAUAA